AUGCUAGGCACAGCGCAAAUCCCGGCGGGAUUAGCGGGAUCCAGCCCGUCUCCUAGUCCGGUGGAGCACAGCCUAAUUCCAAACGAGGAGAAGCGGGAGGGCGACUGCACUGGCAGCGACGAUGACGUGGAAAGCGAGGAGGAUGACGUGUAUGUCGGUCACCGCCAUAAACAGCCGCCACGUCGCUCGAUCCUAUCGGGACGGCUAGGGACGUUCGCGGCGAUGGUCAUGGCCGUCGCGUUCUUCUCAGUCGUCCUGGGGUUCGCCCUCGCCAUCUUCCUCACGUCCCACUCGCACGCCUCCUGCUCCGCGUUUGACGGAGGGGGAGGCCCUCCGCCGUCCCCCACAGGCGCGCUGGACGGGCAGCCCACAGUGAUCCUCGUGUCGUUUGACGGGUUCAGGCACGGGUACCACCUGAAAGCCGACACACUGAAUUUAAACAGGAUGCUGGCAGAAGGGACAUUCGCAGAGCACGGCAUGCUACCCGUCUUCCCCUCGCUCACCUUCCCCUCGCACCACUCCAUGGCAACCGGCCUCCUCCCCGCCUCGCACGGCAUCAUCGCCAACAAGUUCCGCCUCCCCUCCAACCCCAGCGACGUGUUCGCGCCUGGGAAUGUCGACCCCAGAUGGUGGCUGGGCGAACCCAUCUGGACCACUGUGAAUCGGCAGGGCUUGCAGGCGGCGACAGUGUUUUGGCCGGGCUCUGACGUGUCGCGACCUAAUUGGCCGUGCCCGUCGGACUACUGCCUGCAAUACAACGAGUCGAUGCCGUUUGAAGAGGUGGGUGGGAGUGAAAGGCGCAAUAGGGGGGAAAGGGGGGGAAAGGGUGGUGGGGAAUGGGGGGUAAAGGGAGAGAGGGGGGAAAGGGAAGGGGACUUAGAGUGGACCAAGUAUUGGCGUGGCUGGACAUGCCUGCGCCCCUCCGCCCCUCCUUCGCGCUCUACUUGGAGGAGCCGGACGAGAGUGGGCACCUGGGAGGGCCCUCCUUCCUCUCACGUCUCCUCCGCGCCCCGUCUUCCCCCCACCCCCCACACACAGAGAGUGGAUCGAGUGCUAGCGUGGCUGGACCUGCCAUCUCCCCUCCGCCCCUCCUUCCUCUCACUCUACUUGGAGGAGCCAGACGAGAGUGGGCACAAGGGAGGCCCGGACACGCCUCUGGUCGCUGCUGCAGUAAAGCGGGUUGAUGACAUGCUGGGGCGACUCUUGAAUGGGCUGGAUCAAAGGAACAUGACCAACGAUGUGAAUAUCAUGCUAGUGAGCGACCAUGGCAUGCUGGCCACAUGCAAGUCGCGAGUCAUCUCCAUUGAGCAAUUCGAGCCGUUCGUACCGGGCCUAUCCCCCGCCUGGAUCGACUUCAGCUACCCGCUUCUCGGCAUCUUCCUCCCGCAAACAGACUCGCAAAGCCGCCCAGGGUCUGCCGCCCAGGAGGUUCAGAUGGAAGCGGCAGAGGUGGUGGGGGCUAUGAGGAGGGCGAUUAAGGGCGGGGGCAUUGUGAAUGGAGAGGCGUUGAAGGUGUAUUUGAGGGAGGAAUUUCCUGCGGAGUUUGACUUUUCGGGAAGCGACAGAAUACCUGUGAGUAAUGAGACGUCUCAAAAGACAGUUGUGGUGGUUGGGGCUAUGAGGAGGGCGAUGGAGGGGGGGAGCAUUGUCCUGUGUUGA